CUUCAUUACCUACAGCCAUGGAGAAGGCUGCUGGAGCAUCCCUUGCUUCUAUACUCAAAGGAUAUAUGCUUCUACUUUCAUUGUCUCUCAUCCAAGGAAUACAAGGAAUUGGGGUUAACUAUGGCACGGUAGCAAAUAAUCUUCCACCACCACCUCAAGUUGCAAAGUUCCUCUCAGAAUCCACCAUCAUCAACCGUGUGAGACUCUUCGAUGCUAACCCAGAAAUUUUACGAGCAUUUGCUCAUACGGGGAUUGAAAUUUCCAUUACAGUCCCAAAUGAUCAAAUCCCCCACCUGACUAACCUAACAUUUGCCCAACAAUGGCUGAACACCAGUGUGCAACCUUUCGUGGCCGAUACCAACCUCAUCCGAAUCCUAGUUGGCAACGAAGUCAUAUCCACAGCAAACAAACUCCUAAUCAGCAACCUUGUUCCCGCCAUGCAAACUCUUCACACAGCCCUCACCGGAUCCUCCCUAGACAACCGCAUAAAAAUAUCGACGCCGAACUCGUUAGGCAUAUUGUCGAACUCCAGCCCCCCUUCCACCAGUAGAUUCCGGCAAGGCUACGACACUCAUGUGAUUAAACCGAUGCUUAGUUUUCUAGAGGCCACCGAUUCCCCCUUCAUGGUUAACCCUUACCCGUUCUUCGGUUGCACCGCCGAAACGCUAGAUUACGCACUUUUCCGGGGGAACCCCGGAGAGGUGGAUCAAAACACUGGGCUUCGAUACACGAACAUGUUAGAUGCGCAACUCGAUGCUGUUUACUCGGCCCUGAAGGAUCUGGGCUUUGAGAACCUUGAGAUUGUUAUUGCAGAAACGGGCUGGCCCACAUUAGGCGAAGCCCAACAAAUAGGUAUCGACCCAAGUUCUGCUGCUGCGUUUAACGGAAACCUUGUUCGCCACGUGUCUUCUGGGGAGGGAACGCCUCUCAUGCCAAACAGGACAUUCGAUGCGUACAUAUUUGCGCUUUUCGAUGAAAAUCUGAAGCCCGGCCCAAUUUGUGAGAGGAACUUUGGGCUAUUUAGGCCCAACAUGACACCCUCCUACGACAUUGGGCUUAUGAAGAAAACAGUAACAGUAACGGCCUCGGCAGGUGCUUCUUGCGGAGCGUUUUGGUUAACCGUGGUUGCGUUGAACUUGGUUGGAUUGUGGGCUUGAAUGAGCCAGGCUCGGUGUUCAUUUCCAAUGGGCCAAAUCUAGGCCCAUUAAGAGCCCAUGUGAGAAGCCACAGUGGGGUCUGCCCAAAACAGAGGCAAGCCCAGGAUUAUAUUUGUGGGCCGACUCAAGAAGGUGGGGGAUUGCGUCGCAACAGACCCUACCGUCAGAUUCAGAUCUCACGCUGCGUCCACCAUUGAUAUUGGUGAUCAAGCAAGGAGAAGGAACGAAUACGAUUGCGAUUUUGAAGGAACUGGAUCCAUAACCACCGUCGAUCCAAGGGAGUAUUUGGUGGUAUUUAAUGAAAUUGUAGAUACCGAGAUUUGUUGGUGUUCUUUUUUUUUUUUGGUUUAAUGAAAUGAAAUUCAAGGGACAAACGAGGAAGGAAACAGAAAUUAGCUGGGGGCUUAUGGCUAUUGGCUUCUUAAAAGUAGGAUAGGAUAAUGAAUGGGAACAUACUUGCUGCUUUGGAAGAUAAUAGAAACUGCCAUAUUCUUUACUUUUACAAUGAAAACUCGCAUCAUGU